UAGGAGGGAGAGGGGUUAACUAGGCUUGGUCGUUUGAUGGUUUGAUCCCCUUUUCCGGAAUAAAUACUUUCAAAGCAAUCAAACGCGAGUUUCUAGCGGUGUUAACAAGUAAUGUCUCUGCAAUGUGCUAUUCAAAACGAAAUCUGGAUUUUUCAGCAUGGGCUGAGGGGGUAUUUUACCGUUGUUCUUUACCCUGAAGCUCUCACCGCGAUGAUAUUUAAUCAAGUUCCGUUUCCACAUGCAAACAGAGCAAACUCCAGAAGAAAAGUUGCCAGGAACUGACAAACCCAAUUCAUCCCAACACCGAGAAAUAAAAAUCAAUUUAUUUCAAACAAUAAUUUCCCUAAGCGUACUUUUCUCCUUUUUACUUAUUAUUAUUUAACUAGAAUAUAGCCGAUAUAUAUCCAUAUGGCCAAAACGCGACCCUCAAACAAAUCUUCGAAGAAAAGAGUAAAAUCUGGCCUUGGUGCCAACCGGUCUGCCCCGAGGAAAAUGAUUGAAGAUCCCGCAAUUUUCUUCGACCAAGCCACCGUUCUCCUCCAAACGGGGCAGCCGGAGGCCGCUCUUCCUCUUGCGCAACGCGGGUUGGAUAUCGCUUCAACCGGAUCUUCCAAUGUGUUAUUAGGCCUGAACCUGAUCGGCGAAAUAUAUGUUGAGCUGGGAGAGAUUGAUGCCGCGCGGGAACACUUCAUGCGAGCAGUGGCUCUAGAUCCGAACGGGGAAAUUUCUGAGUCUGAAGGAGGAGGCGCAGAGAAAUUCUUAUGGCUUGCGCAAUUGAACGAGGCCGGUGGCAAGGAUAGUGUAAACUGGUUCGAAAAAGGUGUCGCAACUUUGAGACGGAACAUACAGUCGUUAGAGCAAAGCAGCAAGACAGACGAUGCGUUGGCUGCGCAAGAGAAGAAGAAAAAGCUAGCACAUGCUUUAUGCGGAGUGGUAGAAAUAUACAUGACCGAUCUAUCAUGGGAAGAGGACGCGGAAGCUCGAUGCGAAUCGUUGGUUACGGAGGCUCUUUUAGUUGCCCCCGAUUCCCCAGAAUGCCUACAAACAUUGGCUUCGGUUAGAAUAUCACAGCUCCGACACGAUGACGCCCGAGCUGCGUUGUCGAGAAGCCUUGAGUUAUGGAAAGAUCUACCUCCAGAAAGUCCCUUGGUGCCAGACUUUCCCACACGGAUAAGCCUUUCUAGACUAUUGAUGGAAGCCCAGAUGGAAAUUGAGGCGCUCGAAGUGCUAGAAAGAAUGGCCCUUGAAGACGACCAUAGCGUUGAGAUGUGGUAUUUGGGAGGAUGGUGUCUAUAUUUGCUAGGAAAGGGCGAAAAGCUUCCCCCCAAUAAGAGCGACCUAUCAGAAUCUGAACUACGACAGGCUACAUUACGCUCCAGCCGAAGUUGGCUAAAACAGAGUUUGAAACUUUACGAGCUAGUAGAAUAUGAGGAUGUGAAGCUAAAGGAACACGCUGAGGAACUCGUCCAAGAUCUCCAAACCCAGCUGGGCGAUGUUAGUGACAGCGAUGAUGGCGAAGACGUGGGCGGAGAGUGGGAAGACGAAAGUGACGGUUCAGAUGAUGACGAUGAUAAUGUCCAGGGCGAAGAUCACAAAAUGACAGAUUCAUGAAUCCCCACCAAAGAGAAAGGAGUAAAUAGAAAGGAGAAGAAAGGAUCCUGUGAUGUCUUCCAUGUCCACAUUUUCAUGAUACCAAUUACAGCAGAAAUAAUGGACCAGGUCACAUUUCCGCCUGGUUAGGGGAAUAGAAAAUACUAGAUACAGAAAAAUACAAACUAGACUACCUUCAUGAGAAAUUAAAUCAUGCCCUCAUGAGCACUUUAAUCAUCAUGAUGUAUGGUAUUAACAUAAUAGUUUUUUAUAUCCAUACCAUACCUAGGAUAUAUUUGAACGCUCGGGAUUUGCCCCUUUGUUCGUCGCCUUUAGGGGC